CGGAUCAUGGCCGACUUCUCAAAACACUGAAACGAUGAGAGGACGAAUGACAACGAUAAGUCUCCAUUGACUUCCCUCGCUGCUGGAUUCGUGAGAUUUUGAGAUGAAGAAAUAACUAAAGGGGAGAUUUUACCACAGUACACAAGGUAAAUUUGCCAUCUUGGGCUACAGCAUGUCUAAUUUUAUGGAGAAUGGCCCCAGUAAUCAUAAUGGGGUGGCUGAGCAGGUAUGGGAGAGACCCUGGACACUCGAAGAGAUGCAGAAAUCCAGCACAAACUGGUCACUGGCAUCAGAUUCAGGGUUAUUCCUUUUCCUGCAAGACUUCUCUCAAAAGAUGUUGUCCAAGACGCAUGAGAUUGAGAAGCAGUUGGACGGUCUUAUUCGGGACACUAAAGCCACAGACAGCCACCUACACUCAGUGUUUAACGACUUUCUCAUGCUCUCCAACACACAGUUCAUUGAAAAUAGGGUUUAUGAUGAAGAAGUUGAAGAGCCUGCUCCAAAGCCUGAGACCAUAGAGAGACCACCUGAACAGGAGAAGACAAGGGAACAGAAGGAGGCUGAACUUAUCCCUAAAGUCCAGGAGGCAGUCAACUAUGGUCUGAAGGUCCUGGAAUGUGCUUUUGAACAGCUGGACAUUAAAGCAGGAAACUCAGACUCUGAGGAUGAGGAAGCACUGGAGAAAGUAGAGCCCAUUUUGGAAGCAAAGGACCUGUAUGUGGACAGGCCUUUACCGUACUUGAUUGGGUCUCAAGCUUUUAUGGAUCAGGAUGAUGUUGGCCUGGGUGAUCUAUCCAGUGAUGAAAUGUCUAUUGAUAAUGACAGAGAUAGUGUCAUAGAAAGUGAGGAUGGGGAAGAGGAUGAGCACUCAGAUGAAGACUUUGACCAGGAUGAUGAUUUCCAUGGCAACUUAAAGAAAAAGUCAUCUGUUGUCAGUUAUGAUGAUGCUGAUGAAGAGAAUGAAGAAGAUGAAGAUUCAGACAUAUUUGCAGGGUCUGAUAAGGAUGAAGAUGAACUCGGAAAGGACACUGGCCUAUCAUCCUUUGCCGAUGAACUAGCAGCUAGAAUUAAGGGAGAGACUGUGAGCAAAUCAGAACCUGAUCGCACAUCAUUGUCAUCAGGCCCAUCCAUUACCCAGAAGAAGAGUAAAGCAAAGAAAGAGCCAAAACCUCAUGUGGAAGAUGAUCACGAUGAGAUGUUCAAACCACCAAACAUGGAAGAUGAGGAAUAUUCACCAUUUGGAGGGAAGGGUGGACUCUUUAGUGGAGGCAAAGGCCUGUUUGAUGAUGACGAUGAGGGAGAUCUGUUUUCUGAUGCUCCCAAAAAUGAACCAGCUGAGAAGGAACAGUCUGUAAACCAAACAGAGCCCCUUAAAACAAAGAAAAUACCCACUGGCGCAGUCUCCAUCUUUCCUGAAAACAAACUUUUUGGCUCACCAAAUGAUUCAGAUUCAUUAGAGAGCAAAGACCGUAAGAGUCCAGUGAGGCCCAAAGUGCAAGCAGCUCCAAAACAUACCUCAGUUGGUGGUGGGCUCUUUGAUGAUGAAGAAAAUGAUGAUGACUUCUUCAGCAGGAAGACUCUUAAAAUAUCCACACCUGUUGGACAAGAGAAACAAAUGCCAAAGAAAACCGUAGACCUGUUUGGGGGUGAUGAGGAGGAGGAUGAUUAUGAUGAAGAUGGAUCUAUGUUCAGUGAAGGCACAGCUCCUCCCCAUCAAGACAAAAGCAUGGAGGGGGAUGAGGAGACCCGCCCUCCUGAGAAAAAGCCACCUGCUGGAGCCAUUUCAAUGUUUGGACCUGGCACUAAAAAUAUACUGGUGGAGGGGUUGAAGAAGCGGCGCCCUUCUACCAGUGAGGAGUCUGCCAAGUCUGAAGAGAGUGUACCUCCACCUGAAGCAGUCAAAUCUUCACCUGCCCUUGGAGCAUCAGAGAAAGCAGCAAGCAAAAGCCUGUUCUCAGAUGAUGAAGACUCACAAAUAUUUGCAAGUGAGACUAAAAGUAAAUCAAAGUCUGCAACUCAGAACAAACCCAGUAAAGCUCUGCUCUCAAUAUUUGCUGAUGAAGAGGAGGAGGACCUUUUUUCAUCGGCACCAAAGCCUAAGUCAGUUCAGGUAAAAAAAACAUCGCUACAACCUAAGAAGCCUGUAUCAAGUGGACUCUUUAGUGAUGAUGAGGAUCAGUGGAUGAGCACUAAGCCCCGAAAAGAAAGCCCAGAGGUGAGGCCUGGAGGAAUGAAGCCAAGUACUAGCGCCCCCUCCAGUCUACCCAGUGUGAAAGGACCACAAAAAGACAGCCUGUUUGAUGAGGAUGAUGAUCUGUUUGCAGCCACAAAGCAGUUAAGUAAGAAAUCAUCUCAGAGAGCAUCUCUUUUGUAUGAAGAUGAUGAUGAUGAUGAGGAGGACAAAGAACCACUUUUUGGCUUCAAACCACCUGCAAAUAAAACUCCAUCUGAACCUAAGGCUUCUGGUGCUCCUCCUCUGUUUGACCCUGAGCAUGAGGACAAAUUGACCACUAAAGCAACAGACAAGAUAGCAGAGGAGAAGAAGUCUGUGAAAUCCAUUCUGUCCUCUGAUGACAGUACUGAAACAAAGAAGAAGCCGGCAGGGGCAGUUAGCCUUUUUGGUGGGAUUGACAUAUUCGGAGAUAAGCAAGAUACAAACCAAAAACAGACUAAGAGUCCAGAGGAGAUUGCUGAAGGUGAGGACCUGCAGAAGGACGGCCCACCUCCCAUGGGGAUUAAGGGGGCCAGGGCCAAGAAAACAGCUCUAAGUCUAUUUGAUGUUGAUGAUGAUGAUGAUGAUGAAGAUGAGAGCCCUGAUGAAAUAGUUCCUGCCCCUAAAAUAUCCAAACCAGCAGAAAAAAAUACACUAAAGGAUCAUGGGCCACGCAUAAAGAGCACAGGUGUGUUUCAAGAUGAGGAGCUCCUUUUUAGUCACACGCAGCAGAGAGACAACGAUCCAGAUGUAGACCUCUUUGCCACGUCGCCUAAACCAGCUGUGCCACCUCAGAGUUCGGUAAAACCUAUGUCAGCCACACUGUUUGGGGAUGAUGACGACAAUGAUCUUUUCAGUUCAGCAAAGCCUAAAGCUCCUCCGAAAGUACCAGAGAAGCCCAGCAAACCAAAAACAGAUGAAAGUGACAAAUCAACAUUAACCUCAAGCAAGGCUAGUUUAGCGGUCAACCCUGCCAACCUUCUGCCAGGCGCAGUUCCGCGGAUUCCAGGAGCUGUCAGAGUAAUCCCUGGCCUGGCACCCUCUACCCUCCCCGCAGCUGCCAGGUCACUGCCAGAUAUUGAGACCAUCCCUGAUCGUCAGACCUCCAGAGAGGGAGGGGUGAGCUUUGAAUCACCAGCUCAGGUGAACACACUACAGAUUGCUAACAAGAGUCGAGCAAAAGGUGCAGGGCGGCGGCGACCCCAAACAAGGGCAGCAAGACACCUGGCUGUGCAGCGAUCUGUGGAAGCAGUUGGGGAGGGCCUAGAUGAGAGCUCCUCUACACAAGCUGAACCAGAUAUGGCUGCUUCCCUACCUACUUCAAACCCCUUUUCGGUGCGGCCCUCAGAACUCAAUAUACCCGUCACAAUCCCUCCUGCAGCCAAGAGCCCAGAUGAAGCAGUCAAGCCGAAGAGGUUUCUUAAUGCUGAAUACGACCUCUUUGAUUCUGAUGAUCUCUUUGCUACUGCAUCUACCACAAAGUCUCUUCCCCCUUCAAAACACAAAACAAAGCCCCCUGAAGAAGGCCAUAAGAAAGCCUCCAAGACAGAGGCAGGCAAAGCCCUGAAGAAAGACCAGGCCCCAUCUAUUUUUGACAGCCAUGGGGAUGAUCUUUUUGCCACAGUGAAACAGAAGCCAGUCCAGAAAGCAAAGCAGCCUGUUUCCUUUCUAGAUGAUGAAGACAAUGAUGAUAUUUUUGGAGCAGGAAAUAAUAAAAGUAAGAACUCUAAAACGGAGGUCAGCUCUACAAAACCAGACUUUUUCCAGGAUAAAGUUCAAGAACCUCCCAAAGCCCAGAAGAAAUCUAAAGAUUCAAAAUCUUUGGAUGUGAGUUUGUUUGAUGAUGAUGUCGACAUUUUUGCUGAUUUGACUGGCACAACAAAGCCAAAGGAGAAGAAGGCAAAGAAGAAAGUGGAGACAAAAUCUAUAUUUGAUGAUGACAUGGAUGAUAUCUUCUCGGCUGGGACUGCACAACCAUCAGUAAAGCCGUCCUCCACGUCAAAGAAGAACCAGAAUACCCAUGAUCCCAGUUCAGUAGCGGAAACAGGCCACAAUAUUUUCGAUGAUCCGCUGAAUGUGUUUGGAGGAAACUAAUUCUCCUUUAUAGAUUUUAUUUGUAUAACUGUGUAGCAAUGUUGAUGGACUAAAUGAAGAUAGACAUACUCUAACACUGUUUGUAUAUCAUUUAAACUCGAAUUAGGUAACUUUUACAAGCAAAUAGAAUACACGAGAGUAAGUCUAAUGCAUUUAGAAAUUAAUCUGAUUGGUAAAUGAUGUAGCUGUCCUGAACCGGCUUUGACAUCUGCAAUGGCUUAUGUGUCUUUCAUUAGCACUUUAAAUAUGAGAUGUUUUGGGGGUAUUGUAUAAAGGAGGAUUUGUUAGAGAGUUGAGACUGGAUACAUUCCUUUGACAUUGUCAGCUGUAAGGUUUAAUUUUCAUUGUGGUGCCAUAACUCCGAGCUUAUGUGCCAACAGAAGUGCUCUGUCUUUUGUUGUUGAUGUUUUUUUUUGUUGUUUUUUUUAAAUAACAUGAGCUGUUUAAGUUUUUCUUGUGUUGCAUGUUAAAUGAGUUUUGAAACAAAAGAAAAUAUAUUUUAUGA